GACAUUUCACUAUAUCCAUAUUAUUGAUAUUAUUGCAUUCUGCGUUUUCAAUUAUUCCGAGUAUUGUGGAGUCUUAUCAACAUCUCGUAAAGCAUAAAUCAAUUUUUUUAUUUUGCAAAAAUGUGUGAUUCUGACAAUGAAGAAUUUGAAAGUGCAGAUGAGGAGCUGGAAGAUCAGGAUAAUGCUCAAACCAUUCGAAAAUACAGUGCGAAAGAAAGUUCAUCUUGCAAAAUCAAAAACCUCGAAACAUCUGACGUGGAGCCCACCAGCACUGAAAAAGCACCAGUUGAUGAAAGCGUGAGUAUCCCCAGUUCUAUUCCGCAAAGAUCAGAGGAACCAGAGACAGUCGAGGCUAGGAAAAUUCAUCGCCCCGACAAAGCAAAACUUCCAGAAGCCGAACAACUUUCCGAAAAGGGACUCGGGAAGAAAUCUAGCCCAGAUUCAGGAGUUGCUACGGCGACCGUGGAGGGCUGGGAUGAUUUCGACGACGAUUGGGGUGACUUCAGUAUGGAGAGCGAGGUUAAUCAAGAAAAGCCGAAGCAAGCUAGCGGAACAAGCUUCAAAGAUGUGGACAUCGACGAGGUAGAAUACAAGUUGAAAGAUUUCAUGAAACGACAAAAUGAACCCGCAGUGAGCUCGACACUAGAUCGGCUUUCCGACCAAGAUCCAACCAAAUCCUCAGUGAAUCAGUCGUGGGGAGGAUGGAAACCAAGCUGGGGAGGUGCAGCUGUUUCAUUUCUGUCAUCUGCAUCGAAAAGCGUAGCUUCAAUCACCACAAAUAUAACUCAGGUGCUAGAGUCUGGAAUCGGUGUUCCCACCGCCGAGGAAAUGGCGAAGCUUCAAGCAGAAGAGAACAUCAAACUCAAAGCGGACGGUUACAUCAGAGAAGACGAGGUAAUGAGCCAGCAAGCUCCUGAUCGAUUUGGCUUUGAUCAGAUUGUUUCUGGGGUUACUCAAAUCAGCAAUAAAGUCAUAACGGGAGGAUUGGACACAUUGGAGGGUAUCGGCAAAAAGACGAUGAAUAUAUUACAAGAGAACGACCCGGGGUUGUUGAACAAACGAAAGAUACUUGGCAUGGGCAAUGAUGGUGUUGUGUUGAGCCAAGUACUACGCGAAGCUAAGGAGAAAACAGAAGAACGGGAACGAAACCUUAAACAAGUGCAGAAACAUCUCUACAAGAAGAAGCUUCAUUUCGAAACAUUGUUCGACGAUUAUCAUGGUCUAGUUCACUUGGAAGCACUGGAGAUGCUUUCAAAGCAAGCUUCACUCAAACUGAAUUCUUUGCUAGCUCCGUUGAGCGGAAAUGCACUGACAGACCUACAGGAAACUAUGAACGAAGUUAAGGAACUAUGUGAACUGCCAGACUCGGAAAACGAUGAUACCGAUGGCAAUCACAGCGUGCAGGAUUUAGAGGAAAGGCUGAAGGAAGCCUUGACUGAUUUGGACGAAAUUAAAGUCGAUUUUCGGGAUCUGUUGAACUGUUGGAGGGAUAACCUAGAUUGGCUGACGGACGAGUCCGUUCCUAGAACCGGGCAGGAAAUUUUCGAAAAGGCAAUGCACGCGUUAGCUCAAACAACGGCUCUAUGUGUGUUGCGUAUGCAUAAACUCGCCGAGAUUUUGCUCAUACUAGAACAUCACAGCACAGCUAACGAAGCCGAUGCGGUAGUGCAGUUAACUACAAUCUUCUGCUGGCAUCUCAGUGGAGUUGCGGCACGUUUUUCUGCAGAGUUGAGCAAACUGAAGAAAGAUGAUCUUCAGAUGCGACGAUCCGCUGGCGAAGAUAGUGAUAACAGUUUGAUAACCAACAUAUUUUUGGAGGGUUCCAACAGCACGUCAUAUGUACAAGAUGCUUUCCAGUUAUUCAUUCCUAUACUACAAAUAGGUGCAGCGUAGGCCAGUUCUUUUUCAAGUUUUCAACAAAUAUCGACAUAAAUCAGUAACGGUGUUUUAUCGAUGUUUAUACACAGGAUAUGAGCUUCAAUUUGAUUAAAUCUUACUCAUACUAUACUAAUCUUAGGAAAUAUACAUGUGAAAAUCUAUAA